AUGCCGAUUACUACAAGGCCUUUAAUAAGGGCUUCUAGGCUUGGGUCGCUUAUGCGACAGCCUCAGGCUCCUCGUGUCUUCUAUUCAGGCGGUUCAAACCUACCUGGUGGCACUCCCGGUGAGGCUUCGGAGCAGGCGGUACCGCUUGGUCUCUAUUACGAAGCUGUCCUUAACAGGCCGCAACCUAUUCCCGACGUCAAGCCCGAAGAGCCCCCUACUUCAUCACCUAAAUCUCCCCGGAGCACCCCAGCGACAGCACAAGAAAAGGCACGUAUUAUCUUUGGCUCGCGACUCGCCGGCCCAGCCGAGAGAGCCGAGCGCCUUGAAGCCAUCCGGAACCGCAGUACGCUAAUAGCCGGCGUCUUAGUCCCCCCGCGGCCAGAAGAGCCAGACAACUGCUGCAUGAGUGGGUGCGUGAAUUGUGUCUGGGACCGCUACCGCGACGAGAUGGAGGAAUGGGUUAGCGCGUCUGCGAUGGCCGAGAAAGCUCUGCAAGCGCAACAAUCGCAACAAGGAAAGCCAUCCAAAGAGGUUCCAAGCGCAGCCAAGGUUACGGAAGGAGGGCCAUCGCGUCCAACCAGUGCUACAAGCAUGGAUGACGAUGGUGGCGGCAGUGAGGCAAACUGGCAGCCGGACUUGAAGAUGGCUGAUGGACCCAAGAUUGCCAAGGACUUUUGGGACGAUGACCUAUACAAGGACGUGCCGGUUGGCAUUCGAGAGUUUAUGAAACAGGAAAAGAGACUUAAAGAAAAACAUAUCAGGGAGGGUACUUUCGGCGCUUAA